AUGACGUCACAUCGGUUGCAACGCUGGGCCAUAACGCUCAUGUCAUAUAAGUACGAUGUCAAAUAUCGCAAAACUACUGAAAAUGGAAAUGCUGACGCGCUAUCACGACUACCGCUAGGGCCUGAUGGAGAAUUCGACAAACAAGAAGCCUGUUUAAACGUUAAAACAAUUAAUACGCCGAUAGAUCCAGACGUUAUUUUAAAGCACGCCGGGAAAGAUGCCAUUCUACGCCGAGUUACAGCCUUUGUAAAAAAUGGGUGGCCAGAAAAGCUACCUCCUCAAGACUCUGAUCUUCGUUCAUUUUUCAAUAGGAAAAAUUCUUUGACAAUAAUUAACAAUCUUCUAUGUUUUCAAGCGGAACAUACCCGUGUAGUUAUUCCAGCAUCUUUGAAACAACAAGUUCUUCAAUUACUUCAUGAUGGUCACUGGGGUACAUCCAGGAUGAAACAAUUAGCCAGACAACACGUAUGCUGGGUGGACAUCGACAACGAUAUUGCCAAGCUCGCUGCAAAGUGCGACAUAUGCAAAGCUGUAAACCCUGCUCCAGCACGAGAAUACGAAGGUUGGCCUGAACCAAACCAUCCAUGGGAAAGGGUCCACGUCGACUUUGCAGGCCCGUUUUUCGGUUCUAUGUGGCUCAUUUGUGUGGAUGCAUUCUCGCAAUUUCCAUUCAUUGCUCAACUGACGACUACAACUACAGCUGAUACAAUUUCUGCGCUAGCUGCAAUUUUCGCUAUCGAAGGAAUUCCAAACACUCUCGUAAGUGACAACGGUCUACAGCUCACAUCAGAGGAGUUUAAGAUUUUCUGCGCUCAUCUGGGUAUUAAGCACUUAACUAGCGCACCGUUCCAUCCGGCAUCUAACGAUCUUGCUGAAAGAUUUGUUAGGACGUUCAAAUCCGCCGUGAAGAAAAACGUUGACGACGGACUACAGCUAAGAGCAGCUGUAACAAAGUACCUAUCGACAUAUCGUUCCAUGCCUAACGCUGAGGGAAAAUCGCCUGCCGAAAUUCUACAUGGCAGACCGGUACGAACUUUGUUAAGCCAGAUUUUCGAGACAUCGACGGUAAAAACAAAAGAUGGAGCACGCAAAAGCAAGUUCUGCAUAAACGAACCGAUCUUCGCUCGAAACUACGCUAAAGGGGAAAAGUGGUUACAAGGCAACUCGGAAAAAUGCUCUACGUCGUGA